AUGAUCAACAAAAAGACAAUCAGUAAUUCCUUUAACAUAACAUCAAUGUUAUUGUUGUGUGUAUCCUUAUUGUGUUGCCUGCAGCAAAUAAAUGCCAGCACAGAGAAUAUUUCAUCACCCAACUCGGCUUAUCAAAAUGCCGGAACACGUACCAUACUAAGGAUCUACGAUGAAUGUACACGAACCGAUGGUGGAUUUGUGCCAUGUCUAAAGAAAAAGGCAAUAUCCUUUAUUGAUCGUAUUUCGUAUAUUGAUUCGAUAGCUAUUGCUGAUGGUGUUAAGGUGGUGAAAUUACCCGCCAGUGCUGGAGCUGUACCAUAUAUUCGACCGUUGACUAGUGAAAAUGAAUUGGAAUCCACCCUAUCCAGAUCGGGUGAAGAUCGUGAUACAAAAUUGACAAAUAUGUUAAUCGAACGUUUGAGUAAUUUCUUCAACGGUCAUACAUUGCAAGUUAGUUUUCCCAAGUUGUCAUCUGAAGAAUUGGGCCGUGGUUUGGAAGAAGGUCGUGGUAAAAUGAAGAAAAUGAUGGGCAUGAUGAUUAUGGGAAUGGCCAUGAAAAUGAUGGGCAUGAUACCCGUUGCCAUGGGUAUGCUGUACAUUUUGGCCGGCAAGGCGUUGAUUAUAUCCAAGAUAGCUUUGCUGUUGGCGGGCAUCAUGGGUUUGAAAAAGCUGUUGUCAGGAGGUGGCAAGUCAAGCGGCAGUUCUUCUUGGUCCUCCGGUGGUGGUGGUGGCGGUUGGUCAUCCGGCGGUGGCGGCAGUGGUGGCUGGGACAGACGUUCCCUAACCGAAGCUCAGGAGUUGGCUUAUCGCAGUUAUGCAAAACAGUACCAACAACAGCAGCAGCAACAAGUCCAACAACAACCGUUAAAAUCAUCAAGCGAUAAAAAACUGUAA